AUGUUCGUACGUGUCCUCAACACCGUGGCGGUAAGAACGCCAACCGGCGGCGCGCUGGCAGCACUGCAACGCCGCGGCGCCGCGUCAAAGAAGGCGUCAGCAACUCUGAGCAGCCCUGCGCAAGCAUCGAAUCACACGGUGCAGUCGUCUUCGUCGACGGGGCCGUGCACUAUCAUCGCGAACGCCGCAGCGCAGUUCAGCGGCACCCACCUAGACGUUGCCUGGACGCGGCAGUUCGUCCUUGGCUCUCUGCUGCAGCGCUAUGACCCUCUGCGAUACGCACCGUCCUCGACCACUGCGCGGGUGGUCGAGUCGGCCUUGUUGGAGUCGCAGCGACUCCUUAGCUCAAUCUGGAAGCUACCGGUGCGACCCCUUGACGCCGUGAGUGAGACACGCAUCCUUCGGCUACUGGCCCGCUACGCUGCCGGCGAAGGUAUCCUCUCCGACACGGCUCUAGAGAUUCUGCAACAAGUCUUGGUACGCCUCCCUGGUGCCCCGAAGUGCAUCUCCGACCCCGUUCACAUGCGCACUCUGCUGGAACUCAUCGGGUACGUUGAGCCUGGCGACAAUCUCAACCGGGUCGCGUACGCUGGGGAGCUGCACUACCCUCCGCAAGCACACGCCUUCAUGGCGGAGUUGCUAGUAGAGGGCCGACAGCGCGACGGCGGCGACGCCUUCGAUGCCAUACGCGAGCGCCGAGCGGGGCCGGGGUACGCCAUCGACUCCGCCACAACGAGCGAGGUCGACGAUGCCAUCGGCGUCUGCGUGGAUGCGGCAACGGGUGCGAAGUACUUUGUCGUAUACGUCUCCGAUGCAACCGUCUACUGCCCCUUUGACAGCACCCUCGAGCAGUUGACAGCACGGCGGCUGACGACCACCACCUACCUGCCGGAGGGCGUCUUCUUCAUGCUCCCAAAACCUAUCGUCGAGGCCGCCACGUUGCGCGAGGACCGUCCGUGUCGCACGUUCAAUGUCGUCUUCCAGAUCGAUGAGACCACCGGUGAAGUGAAGAACUACUCAGUCGCCGUGGGAUGGUUGGAUCAGCUGCGGCGCAUCACAUACGAUCAGCUACAGGAAAUGAUCAGCAAGGAGGAAGACAGGGAGGUGCCCACGGAAGGCAGCGGCCCCACCGUCAUGGGGGUUGGACACGUCAAGGAUGCGCCGUCCUCGUCACCUCUCUUGACUGAGUGCAUCGACAGCGCGCAUCCCCCGCCGACAUGGAUGACGCGUGAAGACAAGGACAACCUCUUUUACAUUAUGCACUGCGCACGUCUUCGGCUGCGCACUCGACUAGAGCGGCAGCAGCGACAGCAACGCCAGUGCGGGCCCGGGAGCAAGGACGGUGGAGGGGAGGUGGCGGCGCCGCCACCGGUGGACUUCAGUCUGCCCGACCCCCUCAUUAAAGUCAAGGGCACCGAGGUACUCUCCGUCAGUGAUCAGGUCAUCUCCACCCAAGACGCUCGCCUCGCUGUGGCGGAGCUGAUGAUCGCCGCCAACGAGGUGUGCUCACGCAUUGCACAGGCUAACCACAUUACAGUGCCGUUCCGCGGCACUCGUGCCCUCUCCAGCGAUCAUCUCGUGGCGCGCUACUACACAGAGCCUGAAGGUGUGCAGACACUAACGUCGCUGGACGCCUCGCACAUCUUCCUGGCCGAAGCCAUGCAGUCCUCCGUGCGUCGUCUCAGCACUGUGACACGUGCCAUCUACCAUCACGUCCCUCUGCACCACGCUGGGCUCGACACAACCUUCUACACCCACAGCACAAGUCCACUGCGUCGAUAUCCCGACAUGCUCGUACACCAUCAGCUCAAGACGUGGCUUUGGCAGCAGCGCCGCGGUGGCGGCAGUAGUGGUAAGGCCCGCGCUGUCUCCACCUCCGCCGCACCUCAGGAAUUCAUCCCCGAGUACGCCAUGGCCUCUCUCUGCGCAAUGAUCAGCACGAAGCAGGAGCGCGCCAGUCUCCUGCAAGACAGCAGCACGCGCUUUUGGAUUUUGCGAUACCUCGAGCACUUGGAGCGUGCCUCGGCCGACGCUGCUGCUGCUGCUGCUGCUACUCGUGACGGUAGUAAUGGCGACUCGCCUCACAAGAGGAGCUACGUGUGCUUGGUCGGUGAGACACGCCGUGUGGUGGCGGCGCCAGCGUACACCCGCUUCGCGUGCUCCUCGGCGGAGCUGUCGCAGCUGCUGUCCCUACCACUGACCUCAGCAUCCACCACCUCGAGUACAGUGCGGCGCCCGGCAUCACUGCAGGUGGACGCUGUUGCCCGUUGGCGGCAGGAGACUCCUGAAUUCACCUACGUCUCUGAUGUGUACAUCCCUGAGGUGCAGCUGGCGCACACAAUCGCCCACCACCUCGACAGCGUCCGUGUCGGGGCUGUGCUGGAAUGCCACAUCGCUCGAGUGCAACCUACACAAGGCCUGUUGGAGCUGGUGAUUGACCGUGUCUUACCCGGCGGUGAUGAACGGCACUACGAGCGCCUCUGGAUGGGGGGGUUUGUGUCUCAGCUUGAUGCGUAG